AUGCAAAGACAGAUGGGUUUCGUGGGCCGUGGGGUUAGACUUGACUAUUUUUUCGUCUUUGCUGGCACGCCGGACCGCUGGCUGGAUGGGAGGAAAGGGCGGGACCCUCUCGAUCUGGGCCCGGGAUUCGCAGGCGGGAAAAUGGGCAGAUGGGAAGGGGGAAGAAGAAGCUUCCUCGCGAGACCCGCUAACAGGAUUCGUUGUCCCGUCUCCUUCCCAAGAUGUACCGGACGACGCGUGUAUCCGAGUGGCAGGAACACUGAAGGCUCUAAUCAGUGCUUCGUACCUUCCAUUCUCUUCCGACACCUUGCAGAGAAGGCACCAGACUACGCUUCACGACGAGGCAAAGAAAGCAGGUUGGCAGGGCAGGAACAAGAGAAAUGUACUUUUCCCCAGUGCCUCCUUCCUGCCACAAGUCAGAAGGUGAAAGGUACUUCGCUUCCAAGCUGGGGAUGGGCAAAGACCAUGUCCCCCUUGCAGAUGUACCAAUGA